UUGUAACUCAGAACUGCAAAGUGGACUAAUUGUUUCAAGAUAAAGGAAGAACUACUCCAAAAAUACCCAUUUGCUUUGAAAACUAUGAUCCCUAAAAAUGUCAAAUAAGUACUAUGUUGUGGAUACUAAAACACUCUAUUCGUGAAUGUAAUGCUAUCAGAGGCGGCGGACAGUUAUUAAAAUGUUACCUUACUUAUGCAUGGAGUCCCAUUCAUUACGUUAUACAAAAAUCGAUCAUUUUAACCUCCCUCAAGUACAUUUCUGCAUGGAUUAUCUUGCCCUUUUCGAAACAAUGCUCCAUUUCAUUAGCGUGUCGGAAUAUAUGGGCGUUCUUUGCAAAAACUAAAAAAUAUGAAUAUGUAUCUUUUUUGCACUCUUCGAAAGACACACAAAAAUGGUCAAUUUUUAACCUUUUGUUCGUACAUUUUUUUAUGGAAGCUUUAUAUGGUUCUUAGAUAUAACCUGUUAUAAAAAAAUGACUAUUGCUUCCGCAGUACGAUACAUGUUAAACGCCUCUACAUAACAUGAAUUUACAUAAAACAUCGUGAGAACCGCCGUCGCAGUGGCAGUGCGUCCCCCACAUGUCAGACUGCAAUGAAAAGUUUUUCGUUUCUGAUUACGGGGUGGGCAGUGAUCAGUGCCGAGUGGAUCUAUAUUGAUUGGUCCAAGGUGCGUCCGAUUCAUGCCUUCGAUCGCUACUGGGUCCAUCUGCCAUCAAGACUGCAAUACUUGCGCCAAUCAGUGUCAGCGAGCCGCAUCACCAAUAGACAGGAAGCUCUUCCCGGUCAGUUCCCCUAUCAGGCUGCUUUGGUCGUCAACUUCACCGACGGGAUUGGCAUGUGCGGUGGGUCCAUCUUGACCCAGAAAUUUAUCUUAACUGCUGCGCAUUGCGUCUACGAUGCCCUAGGAGGCACUGCAAUAAUGGGUGCCCAUAACAUUCGCCUAACCGAACCAACCCAGCAACGAAUUUCUUUUGAUGCAGAUGACAUCAACAUGCAUUCCGGAUACACGUAUAUCAGUCCACAUAACGACAUUGCCACUAUUCGUCUGAACGAUUUAAUGAUUUUCAACGAUCGCGUGGUUCCAAUUAAACUGCCAACUGCCGCAGACAUCCGCACCUUUACCUAUUUCACCGGAACCGUAUCUGGAUUCGGGCAAACAUCCAACGACACAUCUGAAGUGCUGAUGUUCCUUAGAAAACCAACUAUAACCAACAUGGAAUGCUUUCGUUACUGGGGUAACUGGGUCGACCACCGGAACAUUUGUUUGUCCGGAGCCGGCGGUCCCGCCUCCUGCGUCGGUGACUCUGGGGGUCCACUAACUGUCAAGGUUGGUGCGAUUGUACAGGUCGGCAUUGUAUCGUUCGGAACGCCCGGUUUAUGUUGCAUUGGUUCGCCGUCGGUGUACGUUCGUGUGUCACACUACAGGAAGUGGAUUAUUCGUAACUCAGAUUUGUGA